AUGAAGACGGACAAACCGAGCAGCCACACGAGUCGCAACAAAAAGAAAUCGGACAAAUUUGACGAAGUAGACAAGAACAUUCAAAUUCCAAUGGCCACACGAAUGAAGAUGCAAAUGAACCUCAAGAUGAACGCAAAUGGUAAUAACUUAGCCAGCAAGGACACAUACCUCCUUCGUACUGGUAUCGAUCAAUAUCGUACACUGCAGCAACUCAACACGACAAAUCAUGUCCGCCGGUCCCUCAGCUCAGCUGAGCGCGCCGCUGAGCGCGGAGUCUCUCUUAUGGAACGGAAACAGUUUAAUGCAGCCAUUCCAUUAUUAAGUGAAGCAUUAGAGACUCUCUUAUCAUUCUCAUCUGACUUAGGCACCACGAGCAGUACUGUUAAGCUAUACCACCAGCGUGGACUCUGUUUUCUUGCUACUAAAAAGUAUAAAGCAGCAAUUGAAGACUUUUCUCAGGUCAUGCAAAUGACACCAAAGAGUGCAGAGCUCUUUGCAAAACGAGGUAAAGCUUAUGCGGCUUUAGGGGAACACCACGCCGCUAUGCUUGACUACAACGAAGCUAUUAACCUUGCAGCGACUCAAGGGUUACUUCAUGAUUACAGUCUGAUUGCAUCACGGAAUGAUGGUCAGGCUUCAACUCCAGGUUUAGUGCAGUUACGAGGCUUGUACUUGGCUCGCGCUAAAGUAUACCGAGCUAUGAACAAUAUUACUCAUGCAUUAGAAGAUCUCUGUCAUGCUGAAAAUUCGGCCGGUGGUCAUCGAGAUGCCAAUCUUUAUUAUGACCGAGCGCAACUCUAUUUACAGUGUCAUCAAGAUCUGCUCGCGUUGCAUGACUUUGAUCGAUUCCUUGAGCUGCGAGAAGAAACGGAAGAGAGUCGGCAUUUUGAUGCGUCAGGAGGUGUUGGUGGACUUGCAGGUUUUGUGGCACCUCAGGAAUUGACCGUUAAAUCAAACGCACGUGUGUUGGAGGUGUUGAUGGAAAGAGGAAAGUUACUUCAGCGGUUAGCACUCGAAGAAGAUAUACGAGAACAAAAGGAUGCUGAGUUAGCAGCUGUGGAGCUAGGCCAGACGUCACCAAGUUUGAAGACGGGUCCAACGACCAUGAAACGCGGGGUAAAGCUGGCCUAUCCAACCAAGUUGCCAAAUCCCGAACUGUAUAGAGGAAUUGAGUCUCGACGACUCGAGAAACGAGCAUUGCAGGAUUAUACGAAAGCUAUGGAACUUGAGCCGCAGAAUAUUGAGACGUUGCGGCUGCGGGGUGAAGCGUUGAUGCAUCUUGGACGAUAUGAGGAUGCGCUAAAAGAAUACUCUAGUGCUCUUGAAAUUGAUCCUAACGAUUUUGAAGUAGCGAUGGCUCGUGCGAAAUUAUAUCGACAACGCGGUGAUCUGAAGGCCGCUGUGGAUGAAGUCACAGCCAUAUUGCAAAGAAAUGGUUUUUUUAUUGAUGGAUUAAAGAUGCGAGGGCAAUUGUAUGAAGCCUUGGGGAUGAUCCAAGAGGCAGAGAAUGACUAUUCCUCGAUCAUUCAUGCACACUUUGACAAGUCAGGAGCGGAUAAAGCGGCUAAUACUGUAAAAGUUACAAUGGAGCUUGCUUCGGGCGGAACAGUGCACGUCGGUAGUCACAAAAAAGGAAAAGGGGAGAAAUACGGAUCGAACGGGAGGAUUACUAGCAAUGUAGCAUUACACGCUUUGCUUUGUCGUGCGCGACUACGACUUGCUAGUGAACAAUUUAACGCUGCAGAAGAGGAUUAUAAAGAGAUUUUAAGUACUUUUGCGAACAACAUGGAAGCGCAGUUAGAACUGCAAGAAACCCGCGAGCGUCGUCGUAUUUUUGAACAGCGAAAACAGCGCGAAGCACUUGCUUGGCUGGAGUUAAAUGCGGACGAGAAGGAUAGUGCUGGGGUAUUGAAUUCAAAUGGAAGCAGCACUUCCAAAAGAUUUUCUGCGGGUUACGUACUGCUGGAGGACGAAGAAGAGCGACAAGGGCAGGAGGAGCAGCGAAUACAGCAGCAAACAGUUGAGGACGACGAAAAUAGGAUGGAGCAAGAAAAAAUUGACCGUUGUCGUAACAUUACAGCAAGCGAUACUUCCGACUUGACGCAAAAUGACCUCAGAAUUGAGACUAGAGUGAGCAUCGAUGAUAAGCAGCUAGAUUCUGAUUUCAAUACGGAACAAGGAGGGCCUAAAGAGGGUGUGUCAGUGACUACUGAUGAGGAGAUUGGAAUCAAGGAUACAAAGCUAGAAAGUGAGAAACCUCUAGAGACUCCAACGCGGUGCAGUGCAAGGGCAACAGUAGCUGCUACUACUUCACCUCCAGUGGCAAAGGCAACGGUAAGUAUGACUCGCGAUGAAGCGUGGGAAAGCAUGAUGGAUGAUGAAAUUGAUGAACCCUCGGAAGCCGUAUCAUUUACAAUCGAUUCCCAGGCGCAUUCUAGCAAUUGUGGCCGCAAUCAUAUAAAGCAUGAGACGUUGGAAGUCAAUAACAACUCUGCAUCACUCAAUGAAAGUAUACGUCGUGAGGGGAACAAGGACCAGUCAUGUCACCCUCUGGAAGUAUCUGCACCUUGCAUCGUAUACAAAGAACCGAACGAGGAGGCUUCAGGGAGUAGCGAAGAUGGGAAAGAUGGUCAUAGUAAAAUGAAGGCUGUGCUUAUGGACGAGAAGUACUUGAAAAAACGCGAGCGGCAACUCAAAAAGCUACGUGCAAGUCUACAGCACGCAUCUGACGAGCGUGACAAGAGCGCUAUCGAGGAAGCCUUGGCUCGCGCUGACCGCAAACAGAUGAGUGACGCUUUGCAAGAUGAUAUUCAGCGAGCACUCAAGGUUCUUGCCGAUAUAGCCACUGAAACGCAGCGUCCUUGUGAUGUCUUGCCUACCAAUGAAGCUUCUUCGAAUUUCCCUCAGGCCUCUAUGGUGGCUUCUGAACACAGUCGUUCUCAUCCUCAUCCUGAGACUUCGUCUCCAAGCGCUACAUCUGGCACUUUGAAGCCGUCGCUUGUAAUUCGGCCCAUCGCUUAUGGUCAGGCACUGCAAGCUGCGGAGCAACAUCAACAGCAAUUGAGGGCGCAUCAAAAGCUACUCGAGGAAAAAAACGCUGAGAUUAGCGAGCUUCGAAGACUUUUAGCGCUGAAUAGAUUGUCUCCUAUCUAUGCAAACGAGGAGAAACGAAGAGCUGGGGCUCGAACUCAUGCAAAGGCAGCAGCUAUUGAACGCCGCGUGAAUAGCUUGCGAGCUCAAUUUCCAGUUGAUGGGUUAGCUGCUCGUCAAGCAGAUGAGCUUAUAGAGUGGAUGUGCCCUAGCGAGGCUGCUGACCGUGUUCGUCAACAGGUAAUCUCUUUUGUGCAACGAAUCAUUAGCGCGCACUUCCCACUUGCGGCAGCCCCGCUCUUCUAUCCUACUGGUUCGUAUCCCAUGAAAACGUAUUUGCCGGGUUCCGACCUCGACAUUUGUUUACUUCUGCCGCAAGAAUUGGAGACAUCAUGGUAUUUUAUGGUGAUGCAGGCGCUCUGUGUCGCUGGCGGCAGUGGGGGAGCUGGCACUGUGCUGGAUCUCGGUGUAUCUGGGGAUACGAGCAGUAGUACCAUACCUUGUGCUCCAUCAUCUACUGUCACGAGUAGCGGUGGCUCUCUUAUUUUGACAAACACGGUUCGUAAUGUAACUUUUAUCAAUGCAGAAGUUCGAGUUGUCAAGUGUACAAUUGACAACAUUUCUGUCGACAUCACAGCCAACCGCGUGGGUGCACUUGGUGCUGUCCGUCUGCUGGAUGCCAUGGCAGCCCGUGUAGGACGACACCACUUGUUUAAGAAAAGUAUUAUUCUCAUCAAAGCCUGGUGUACACAUGAGUCGAGUGGUUUCAUGGAGGCUGCGUCGGUGGAGGCUGGCGGAGCGCUGGGUCUGGGGAGCACCCCAUCUAACGUGAUGGGGGCAAGCCACGGUGCUCUCUCGACUUAUGCUGUGAACACGAUCGUCAUGGCACUGUUCAAUCAGCACGGCGACAUAAUUUCGCACCCCCUACAAGCUUUGUAUAUGUUUUUAGAUCAACUCGCAGAAUUUCCUUGGCACGAAUCUGCAUUAACUUUGCUUGGCCCUGUGCCGCUUAGCUAUUUAGCGACCGCAAUGAUUCAUGAAACUCCUUUGUACAAGUCCAAACCUAAGACUAGAGGACUUGACGCGGAGGAUAUUGAAGCAAUUCGUGACACUUUGGCUGACCAAUUCGGAGCAUUUGACGUGACUCUUACGGGUCAUAAGGGAGCGUCGACAAUAGCUUUCCCUAUCCGAGCCUGUAACAUUGUGGAUCCACUUGAUGACAAAAACAACUUGGCGCGUAGUGUGUCAGCCGAAGUCUUUCCCAUUCUGAAACGUGCAUUUCGACUUGCAAGAGAUCGGCUAGCUGCAAUGCUGGUUUCUCAAUCUGUGCAUAGUGAUGACGAUGCUGAGCUUUUGAACGAAGAAAUCAAGGAUGACGAACAGAGCAAGGCGUUUUUUGCGCGAUGCUGGAAGCUGUACGGUCGUGGCGAUGGAUGGCGUCCAGACCUGUUAAUUCAUCCGAGACAAACAUGGCACGGGAAAACAGCGACUUCAUUAAUAAAGAAGAGCAAUAUAUCACCAGGACGCCAAUUCUCAGCGACUCUUAACAAAAGUGACGAGGACGAAGACAGCCGAUGGGAGUCGUUGCUGCCAUCGCUAGAUGCUAGGGCUGCGAACGCAUUGUUGCUUCAGUAUCAGCAACUACACCAACAAGCAGCGGCAGCUGCUUACCACCACCGCACAAUGAUAGCAUACCAGCAGCCCUACUUUGGUCCGCUACCAAGGCAUGGCCAUCCAAUGGGCUCACCCAGAUCGACAUCAAGUGGCUCAGGUGUUCAAUCAAAUGGAAAUACAGCAGAACCUACACCAGGAAUAUUUGAUGAAGUAACGCGCCACUCAACGACGCUGCACCAUCCUUACGAGAGUCCACAGCGCCGUCGCAGCAAGUCACCACCACCGCAUGUCAAAUCAAUGGCAAUAGAAAGUCGCAGAGUCGAUGCGACAUCGCCGCUGCGCACGUAA